ACAAGCAACGCAGCAGCCAUGAGCCAGACAGCUGAGGAGCUGUUAAUCAUCUAUGAGACAGAGGCAGAACAAUGGGCCACCUAUCUGCGGUCAGUCUUCACCGGUCCAAUCUCAGAGGCUGGGAUCUGCUGCUAUGACAUUGCUGCAGUGUCCAGCCCGCAGGACGACUUCCUCAGGCUGGCCCAGUACACCUGCAAGCUGCUGAUCCUUUCCAAGGGCAUGCUGGAGGGUCUGUGCCAGAAGCGGCGCUUCUUCCUGUCCCGUGUCUUGCGUCCUGCAGCUCAUGUGGUGGUGCUGCUCUGUGGGGUGGACAGUCUGAGCCCACUGCUGGAGCUGGUGCCCCUGAACGGCGGCGAGUGCCUACAGAUCUCCAGUGAACAAGAUGCUCAUGAGUAUCUGACCGCUGUGACCGAUAUUGCGAGAAAAGGUGCGUUAGCCUCAGCGGCAAAUGUCACCCCCUUGACAAGGAAACUAUCAGGAUCAGGGCAAAAGGUGGAACAAAUGCAGUCAGCUGGAGCCCACAGUGUCAGAUCCAUUGUGGUCGUUCCUUCCAGAGUUCCAUGCAGGAGCUCUAUGGAAUUGUUCAUUCUUUUGAAAAAUAAGUUGGUCGGCAGCGACGCUGAGGUUGAGUUCACUGGUGAGAAUCAGAUGCUGAGAGUGAAGCCUGUGUGCUGGAAUGAACGGAUUCUGUGUCUCAGUGCACCAGAUUUUCCAGCAGGAAAUGUACGAGUGACGGUGUAUCGCAAUGGAGUGCCACUGAGCAAGGCACAGCUGCAGUACUACAGCAACAUGGAGGAAAUAUCCUGCCUUUUAGCCAAGGCAGCAGACCCUGUAGAUUUCAUGUGUCAGUCUCUUCAGUUGUCUUCUGUGGAGAAGCUGGAUCAGAAGCUGUUGUCCAUGUUGUUGGAGCGCAUGCCCAGUGGAGGAUUUUGUGGACUGCAGUGUGAAAACAAACCUGAACGAGAGCUCCACCAUGCAGACGCACCAUCGCUCCUCCAUUUUGCUGCCCAGUAUGGACUCAAGAGCACCUCCAGCCUGCUCCUGCAGUGUCCUGGUGCUGAGCAAGCACUGCACACAGCCAAUCGCCAUGGACAGACUCCUGCUGAGAUUGCCAAGAGUCAUGGCCAUAGAGAGCUUCACGUCUUAUUGAAGGAAACACUGAAUAUGUUCAACUCUGGCGAGGACAAUGGUGAUGCCAGUGUGUACGAAAUGAUGCGCGCUGCAGGGACUCCCUCCACCAAACAUACGCAGGAAGAGCAACAAGGAGAGGAUAAAGAGGGGGAGGAUGAGGACAUCUACGCACCACUGGGGGUGAGUGAUGAGUAUGACACCAUCCUGAAGUCAACAAAAGCUGUGGUUAUUGCCAAUCGCCCGCCAGCACCCACACCUCGGCCUGAGAGCACCCAUGUGAAGGAGGACAGAACCCCUUACAUCACUCAAGUGUUCCAGAAGAAGAAGACACCACAGAGUGAGGCUGAUCUCUAUUCAUUCAUAUCACUUCAAAAUAAACAAGCACGGGAACGAGAAGACAGCAUCUCUUCCACCUAUGACACCUUUGUGCCAAACCAGAUAAACGGGCUUCAGCAGCUCAUCGAGCUCCAGCAGAGGGUGAAGGCCGGUUCGCUCACCGUGGACGGGGCCCUGGAGCGCGUCAGCAACUUGCAGCGGGAUCAGAAGGGCAUGGAUGCGCUCCAGCAGGAGAGGUCGAGUCAGCUGAGAGCCAGUAUGACCAGCAGCAGAGAGGAUGAUGACAGUGUCUAUGAUAAAAUCAACAUCGUUCAUCAUACGCCAAGUGUUUCGGUGAGUGAAAGUCGAAGAGGAAGCCAAGCAGUGGAGUCUGAUUUUUACAGCAAGCCACUCAAAGGACAGCAUUUAAGUUUCUUCUCAAAAGGGGACAAACAGUGAAGGCUCCAUCACUCUAUGGAGACGUGAUUCUAUCAACAGUUAUAUCAAGUUUAAUCUAUCUGAUUAUAUAAUCUUUCUUUUUAAUCAUCUAGAUUUCAGGGGAUAUGUCCCCCUUAAUAUUUGGAACAUGUGCAUUUGUUGCCCACAACAACAACAUGAAAGUAGCAGAGGACUUUGAUUGUGCAAAAUUGAUGACAUUUACACCAAAAUCUGAUGCACAAAAGGCACAAACUGGCGCAUUAAAAUGACCAGAAUGAAGGAAAGUGAGUGUUUGACUCAACAUUUUUUGUGGUGAACCCCCGACAUUGAAACGACACCUGCACCCUUGAUUUAGUAUUAACAAUGUUUUGUAUCUCAAAGUAAGAAGUUAAAUAACUAAUUGAUGUAUUUCUUAUUUCUUGUUCAGCUUUUAUUGCCUUUUUUAUUAUAUUACUUAUGUAAAUUGUGGUUUAAGUAAAAAAGUAUCACAUACAUAAUGUAUAAUACAUGAAACUUUACUUUUGAAAAAAAUUUACAUCUUCAGUAUCAUUUUAU